UUGUUUGUUUAUUUAUUCAUGCAUUCAUUUAUUUUGACAGCUCUGGGAGUACUGACCAGACUUCAUUCAUUCAUUUGGAAAGUGGUACACGCAUCUGCACAAGCGUUAGCGUGAGUAAAUGACCCAUCGCCUUCCUAAUUGCUCUGUCCCAAAUCCUCGGAUUUUAAACGUAUGCACCCUCGAUGACUCGAAGAUUGCAUGAGUUCUGUAUAGAGCUGACGUCACUAAAGUGCCGACUUGGAAGCGUAGCGCAAGGUCUUAGGGUGCCGUUUGGGACACAAGGACAGCUGUGGUUAGUGGAAAGGGCAGCGCCAUAUUUCCGUAUUGUGUCAAAUAGGUGGGGCGUAGACACUGCGACAUGGAGGGUAAAGAGAGUAAAGAGCCAGAACAGCUGAGGAAGCUGUUUAUUGGUGGUCUAAGCUUCGAGACAACAGAGGACAGUUUACGUGCUCACUUUGAGCAAUGGGGAAAGCUCACAGACUGUGUGGUGAUGCGGGAUCCAGGGAACAAGCGAUCACGGGGCUUUGGCUUUGUAACAUACUCCUGUGUAGGUGAGGUGGAUGCAGCCAUGGCAGCUCGGCCCCAUAAAGUGGAUGGUCGAGUAGUUGAACCUAAACGGGCCGUUUCCCGUGAGGACUCAAAUAAACCAGGGGCCCACUUGACAGUGAAAAAGAUCUUUGUUGGUGGGAUUAAGGAGGACACUGAAGAAUACCACAUACGUGACUACUUUGAGCGGUAUGGGAAGAUUGAGAGCAUUGACAUUAUGGAGGAGCGAUCAACAGGGAAAAAGAGAGGGUUCUGCUUUGUAACGUUUGAUGAUCAUGACACUGUGGAUAAAAUUGUAGCUCAGAAAUACCACACCAUAAACUCCCAUAACUGUGAAGUCAGGAAAGCACUACCUAAACAGGAAAUGCAGGCAGUUUCUAACCAAAGGUAUCGUGGUGGUGGUGGAGGAGGUAAUUUCAUGGGCAGAGGAGGCAAUUUUGGAGGUGGCAACUUUGGUAGAGGUGGUUAUGGAGGAGGCCGAGGAGGCUAUGGAGGAGAUGGCUAUGAUGGAUUUUCUGGAGAUGGUGGAAACUAUGGCGGUGGCCCAGGUUAUGGUGGUGGGCGAGGAGGAUUUGGUGGUGGUCCUGGUUACAGUCACCAGGGAGGAGGGGGAGGAGGAGGCGGUGGUUAUGGAGGAGGAUAUGACAACUACAAUGAUGGACGCAACUUUGGUGGGAACUUUGGUGGCGGAGGUGGAAACUACAAUGACUUUGGGAAUUAUGGGGGGCAGCAGUCAAAUUAUGGCCCCAUGAAAGGAAAUAACUAUGGAGGAAGGAACUCGGGUGGACCAUAUGGAGGUGGCUAUGGUUCAGGGGGUGGUGGCGGCGGAAGCUAUGGGUCAAGGCGAUAUUAAAGUGUGUGUAUAUUUAUGGCUUCAGGUGGACAGUUAGCAGGAGAUGAGAUGAGUGGAGAGAUGAUGAGAGGAGAGGUCAGGAAAGCAGCAGGUUACUGUGAGAAAGCCAGGACCUGCUAGUCAGAGCACUAAAAAUGGAGACAUAAAGAAGGACUGUUUCCACUAGCUACAAUGAGCAAGGGUGUAGCCAGGUACUCAUGACCUAGUAUGUGUCAGUGUAUGUACAUUCCUUUAAUCUUCUUUGCUAGAUUUUUUUUAUUUUUUUUAUUUUUAUAACCCUUUCUCGGUUUUUGUUUUUGGGUUUUUGUUUUUUUUUGCCCAUUUCCGAAACCCC